GGCUGCAGUCGCUCGUCAGCUGGCCCGGGUCAAGGUCGCAGGGCGGUGAGGUGAAGAGCGUGCGCUUUGAGACCCGGGAACAGAAGACCGUGUGUGUGCUGCUGAUUUUGAGAUCGUGUGAGCUGAAAGUGUAAUUACAAAGUGUUGCGCCCGUCUUCAAUGAUGAUUCCGUCUCCGUCUGUCAGCUACGAGGAGCGUCGCCGCGAGCUGGCGCUGCUGGAGCGGCUGACGGCCGAGGCCCGGCUCCAACUGACCCAGCAGCGCCACCUGAUCCGAGCGCCCAGCGUCGAGACCUCCGAGGAAGGUAUUUUGAUCUCCAAGAUUCUGGGCAUCUUCCUGUUCCUGUUUCUGCUGGUCGGCAUGCUGUUGUUCUUCCACAAGGAGACUGACUGCACCGCCAGAUGGUGGCACCGGGUGAAGAGGGGACUUCGAAGGCUGGGGAAGGCUCUCCGACACAAGUUGUUCCGCUUCGACCGGAUAUGGAGCUGCGAGGAAGAGGUUAGCAGCUCUUCCGACGGCUCUGGACCGGGUGUGUACCGCACCAUGUCCGAUAACGACGUCACUGAAAUGGAGCCGCCCUCCAGCGGUACGAUGUUCGACCAUCGGCAGGCGCUGCUGGAGCUGUUUGCCGAUCUGGAGUUGCACCACGAGGUGGUUCAACACAGUCUGCGAGGGUACAACGCGGCACUGACCCGACUCGACGAGCGGACCGCGGCGCACGCGCGGCCGGACGCGGCGCCGUCAGCAGCGCCACCGGAUGCAGUAAAGGUGGCGCCACUGCCGGGCAUUCUGCGCGUGCCGGCAGCGGCUCUGGGCACCAGAUCGCACCAUCGUCACGGACAUCACCGUCAUCACCAUCACCACCACAAGCACCGGCGCUGCGAGACUAUUGCUGAAGAGCACCACGAAAAUCUGGACCAAGAUGACAGCGAUGUCACCCAGGAGGCAAGAGGUGACGUCACCCUAAACUCGAGAAAUCACGUCACUCCGGAAAUGAGCAACGACACGAAGUCUGCAGGGCGUGUGACUGGCACAUCGGUAAUUUGUGAGGGUGGAGGGCAGCGCACUGAUAACAGUGAUUCGGGCUAUUGUGCUACUGACGAAUCGGACGAUGAUCGCUGUCAGACCCAGAACAGUGCCGCAACUCUGAGCAGGCGUGUCUCUGACGUAUAAGAGGCAGGGUUUGAGUCAGAAUAUGUCUGAGACGUCACAGACAUACACAGCUCAAACUGCUAGAGCUUGGCUUUAUUCUCGCAAGCAGCGGAUGCUCGGCUGAUUUUCUCGCAUUUAUGAACCCCAGUAUGACUGGUGGCAUUGGCAUAUUUAUGAUCGCCGAGUCUUAUGUGUCAUUCACUUUUUAAGUACGUGAGCAGUGUUUUAUGGGUAAAUAUAUGUUUUAUUGAAUUUGAAUCAGA